AUGAGAGUUACCUCGACUGUGCUUCGUUGGUCUCGUAGAUUCUCGACUAGUGCUCGAGUGAGAGCGUCAAAUACCAGGCAUCCCCCGGCUGGUACAUCCAGUCUCAUAACUGUCACAAAGAAAAUAGAGGAGGAAGAUUUCGAUUGGUACAGUCCGAUGGCUCGCCAGCUGAAGGGUCAGAUCGACGACCUACCGACUGAACUCCUGGAGCGCACCCUUGAGAAGUUGGAAAUUCAAGUUCUGGUGGCAUGUCGGCAGGUGAGCCCACGUGUCAAACGAGUUAUCGACGAAUCCGUCGUUCUCCAGUACAAGAUCGAGCUGGAAACUGCCGGUAUGGAAGACGGCCCGCCCAGUGAGAUCACUAUUGCGGAACGAUUGCAGCGUCUACGUAAAUAUACCGACUCUUGGGCCAGCGCACAGUUCGGAUCCGUGGAGAAGCUGCGCGGUGGCAGAGGCAGUAUGCUGCGUCUCUCGGGCAAUGUACUCUGUCGGUGUUUCGGCCCAUCAAACCUGGUACUCAAUAUACUCCCGGGGAAUUUACGAGGAGUCAAGGCGAAGGAAUGGCGGCUCGACGAUUUAGGCUUUGUGAUCGAAGACUACGCGAUAGACGCUGCUCAAGAUCUGCUUGUGAUCAUUUCCCGAACAGCAGAGGAAGAUAGGAGUUCGUCAGCGCACAUGAUUCACUGCCUGUCUCUUUCGACUGGGCAAGCGCACCCGCAUGCAGCACGUCCCAAAAUACUGUUUCCGGACAAUUUGGUGUAUGACAUCUACGAGUGGUUCAAACUUCGUCUGUCGGGAGACUUUAUUGGUGUAAUGGUUCCGUACUCUUUAAACGCGGACGAGUUCCAGGAACAUCUGGUCGUCUGGUCCUGGAAAGAAGGUACUGCGUGUAUGUGGCUGAGUGAGGCCUCUCGCAUCGAGGACUUCACGUUCGUGAAUGGCUUCCUGCUUACAGGUAUAGAGCCUAGCAUGGGUGAGAAGCCACGCUUGCAUGCUUACAGCAUCGACAAAUGUUCAGCAUAUACGGAGCCCGUCCCAUUCACCAAGUUGUCUUGCUUCACGUUCGAAUACCCAUCCUAUGAUGACCAUAUCCUCAUUAUGGAAUUCUCCACAAUUUCGUCCCUUGGGUCUCUGCCCGAGCUGGAGGGCUCAGCUCUCUUUCGGGCGGCACCGACAGACGUGUACCUCGCCGUCCAAAUGUGUUUCGAGAGUGAUGACUUCGACGCUGAGCACAACUUCCGGGUUACACAUGUGGUCCCAGUGUCGGUGCUUACUUCCAGAAUCCGACAGAUGCUGGGUCAGUCCGCUCCCGUCAUCCCAUGGGAAGAAUGGGCGCCUCGUUGA